GUUCCAUUGUGAGGUCACUGCGCUCCCAUUGGUCCAGGAACAGGCCCUCUCUAAUGGGGGACUGGUAGACAUUGAAGCUCCAUCUGUUCUAUCAGUCAUUGUUCAGCCGGCUUGCCUGCAGCACCAACAGUCCUUUUAGGUUGGCUUGCCUGCAGCACCAACAGUCCUUUUAGGUUGGCUUAGGUUGCCCAUGCCCUGCAAGCUUGUGUGCUUGUGUCUGGUGGUGAAAAGCUACAUUUCUUUUCAGUUUUUGGGUGGAAUUCAAGGAAGAACCUGGAUCAGUCUGUGGAUAUAAUAUUGUUUUUUUUUGGUGACAAUCUGUGAACUUACCAAUCACUUCUGUAAAGGCUGGAUUUGGUAUUUAGUUUUGUUUUUAACAAGAGCACUUACAGAGGACUUUAUUCCUCAACAAUAUUCCACGUGUUCAAAGGUUCUCAUGCUCAGGUGGGCCUGAGAGAAGUGCAACCGAGGUGGCUGGAAGAGCAGCAUCAGCAGGGAGGUCUCUGGUGGGGUGGCGCUGGAUGUAUUCGACAGCUUCAUGGGCCUGAAGGACCAUCUAGAUGAUGGAACAGGCCACAUCCUUGACCUCAGACUGGAUCUGGACUACCUGCACGUAAAGGCUACUGCCACUGUCCGGCCACCCUCUGGAGCGGAUGUCCAUGCCAAUAUGGAGCCUGGCCCGUCGGAAGAGGCCGAGGGCAGGCUACCUGUCAGGACAAGUCUGGACAGCAGCAGCGGCAUUGGAUCCACAUCCGCCGAUUCCGAGGAGAGCACUGACAGCGAGGCUGAGCAGAUCAGCGUCCGACCUGGCUUCCCCGACCUCCCGCCCCGCUCUGCCCAUCCUCAACUCUGCCGUUCCCCCUGUCUGGACCUCGAGUCCACCUCACCUCCAGACGAUUCCGUCCCCGAAAACCAAGACCCCGCGGAAGCCCUCCGCACCUACCGGAACAAGAUGGAGUUUGCAUUGAAGCUUGGCUACCAGGAGGACCUCAUUCGACUGGUGCUUAGCAAACUGGGACCCGAGGCACUUAUUAACGAUAUUCUCGGCGAGCUUGUGAAGCUGGGGAGCAAGUCAGAUGGUGAGCAGGGAGGUGGUCAGGGAUCCUCUCAAUCCAGGUCUUCAUCCAUGGCGCCCUCCUCCUCCUCAUGCUCCUCCGCUGGAUCUACAACGUCUUCCUCAGGGUGUGGGUUCUCAGACUCCACAGAGUCCCGUCAGUCAGAUUCUCCCUCACAGAUGGACACUCUGGACGACAAGGACAAUCUGAGGCCCGUUGUGAUUGACGGCAGUAACGUCGCCAUGAGCCAUGGCAACAAGGAGGUCUUCUCAUGCCAAGGCAUGCAGCUUGCAGUUGAUUGGUUCCUGGAGCGAGGGCACCGUGACAUCACUGUGUUUGUACCUGCCUGGAGGAAGGAGCAGUCGCGCCCAGAUGCUCUUAUCUCAGACCAGGAUUUCCUACGGCGGCUGGAGAAGGACAAAAUCCUCGUGUUCACUCCGUCACGGCGGGUGCAGGGAAGGAGGGUGGUCUGCUACGAUGACCGUUUCAUCGUCAAGUUGGCCUACGAGUCUGACGGCAUCAUAGUCUCCAACGACAACUACCGGGACUUGGCCAAUGAGAAGCCAGAGUGGAAGAAGUUUAUCGACGAGCGAUUGCUAAUGUAUUCAUUCGUCAAUGACAAGUUCAUGCCUCCUGAUGAUCCUUUGGGUCGACACGGCCCCAGUUUGGAGAACUUUCUGCGGAAGCGACCAAUCAUCCCAGAACACAAGAAGCAGCCCUGCCCUUAUGGCAAGAAGUGUACCUACGGGCACAAGUGUAAAUUUUAUCAUCCUGAGCGUGGCACGCAGCCUCAGCGCUCGGUGGCAGACGAGCUCCGGGCCAGCGCCAAGAGUUGCUCUGCCAAGGCGCAAAUUGAGUCGGGCCUAGUGAAGAGCCACAGCAUGCCAGCCAGCCAGCGGCCCGCCGAGGCCAAGCGCACGCAGGCCAAGCGCCAGUCCGACCCCAGCGUCCGAGCCCUGUCUUACAGCGAUGUGGAGGACCGGCUGACCAGCCGCUCCCCAAAACUGGACCCGUCCCACAGUAAAGGGAGCAUGAUGCUACCACCUGCUCCCGGUGGGCCCCCUAUGUGUCACGGUCAUGGCCAGGACCUGACCCGAGAGUACCCCCACCUCCAUGCCUUGGGGAAGCCUCAGUCUGGCACUGCGCUGACAUCGCAUUACCCCACGUGCGAAUCCCCGGACCUGAGCUACUGCUCGCUGGUGCGGACCUACUCGGGCCUCAGGAUCUCAGUGCCCCCGCGCAGCCCCGAGCGCCGCAUGCUGCCGGACUCGCUGACGUCGGACUGCAGCAGCGAUGGCAGCGCCAGCUGCGGCAGCAGCACGGACUCCUACGGAGUGAUGGGCCCAGGAGGCGAGCGGUCGUGCAUGAGCUCACCCGACCUGCUGCUGGACGAUGGCAGCCUCCGGUGCACCCACCACCUCCUCAGUCAGCAGCAGCAGCAGCAGCACCACCACCAUCACCACCACCAUCGAGGCAGUACCCAGUACCCGCCCCCUCUCCCACCUCCUCAGACGCCCCCCCAGCACCACCUGCACCAGGGCCAUGUGCUUACGCCAGUCGCUGUGCCAGGCUACCACCACCACCACCACCAUCACCAGCCGCAGCAGCAAAGCCUAACACAACAUGGGUACAGCUUCAGCCAUGACGAGCCUUCGGACUCCCCCCUCUUCAGCAAUCACCCACGACCAUACCUGUCGCCACAGCUCCAGCACCAAACAGUGGGGGCUCGGUCCAGCUGUCCUGGGGACUGUCCGCCCUUACCGAGCAGCUCGCACCCCCAAAGCUCUCCCCUGGCCCGGGGACUGGCCUCCACACGGGCCGACAGCGUCUCUGACUCCCGACUGUACGAGAGCUCGCCUCAUUUGGCCCGCAAGGCCCUCUACAUGGGCCAGGAGCGUCUGGGUGGAUGGGACCCCUACUACCUUCAGCCGCAGCCCCCUCCUCCACAGCCCUGCUACGAGCCCUUCACCUUCCAGGGGGUCCUGGAGAGCCGUGAGCAGGCCUGGAGGGCCCCGUGGGGCCGUGGCACCAGCCAGCCACCCCCUCCUCACCCUAACCACGUCCCUCUGCCUCCCCCUCUGGGCUCCCAGUCCCCCGAGCCUCCUCCUGUCAGUCGCCACCAGGAGGUACGGCAGAAGGUGUUCAACAACCUGUGUAACAUCUUCCCCAUGGAGCUGGUGCGCCUGGUGAUGGGGCGCUACCCUCACGUGACCGACGCCCAGCAGCUUGCAGCGGCCAUUUUGGCCGAGAAGACUCAGACUGGUGCGUACUGAGUCAUGCCCAUCCCCCAUUUCCUCAUGUCUUGUGCCACAGGUUAAAGUGAUUGAAGGCACAGUGACUGAGUCCUUAUCCUUUUGGGUGGAUCUUGAAUUGCUGAUGUCCAAGGAAAAGGAACCUUUUGGGGUAUCCUGGGGUACUUUGGUUGUAUUAUGUUACUGCUUCAGCUCACCAAAAGAACUUCUCUGCAUUUUAAAUCAGUCAUUUGAAAUAAGGAGAAACAGUUGGAUAGGACACUUGACCAUUUUAUGCAGAGAGAGGGAAGUAUAGCGCUGUCAGCAUAUUUGUCUACCUGAAGUGUGAAUGAGAUCUGAAUGUGUACUUCUAUUUAUUUUGGGUUUGUUUUUUCAUAUAUAUAUUUAUAUAUAUUAUACAAAUGUUAUUUUUACUAUAAUUUUCAGGUGAGCAUCUAUUAUUCACAGAGCACUUUUUUGUUGCUUUUUAUCAGAUUUGCGAAUAAUUUGGUAACUCGUGGCAAUCAAAAUUGAGGAUGUCAGAGGCCAGGGUACGUGUAGGUUUAGAUAAUUUAUUAUUCUGAGGUACUAGAAACCAAAAGAGAAGAGCGUUAAAAGGACAGAAAGCCUAACAUUAACCUCUACACACACACACACACACACACUCACAUGCAUGCAGACACAUACAUAUACAUGCAUAUAUACAGUGCCAUCUAUGACCAUCACAGGUCAUUUUUGAAGUCAGGAGAUGAUUAUUUAUUUAUUUUACCUUUUAAAGACAUUUAAUGUCUUGAUUAGCUACCAUUGCUCGUGAGUCAAAGUUGACAGAAAACCGUUCAGUAACCAUUGAUACUUAAAAAUGGAGCUGUAUUAGGUGCAGAUGUUCAGGUUAAUAGUUAAUUGUGGCACACCACAUUUGAACCUAAAUUCGUUUGGCCUCGUUUCCUCUUUGGUGAUGUAAUGCUUACCUUCACUUGAUUUCUUUCUUGUGUUUUAUUUUUAAUCAUUCUCUCCAAAAUCAUGUGCCAUUCGAAUCACAAAAGAAUGGUUCUUGGGGAUAUGCAGAAAUUUAUAUUAAUUUAUUUAGAAUUGUUAUUCUAUGUUUUGUUUAAGUUUUUUUUUUUUCCCCCAUGUUUUUUUCUUCUUCAGAGAAUCAUUUUACUAUUUUGAGUGUUUGCGUGAGAGAAUAUAUACGUGUGUGUGUGUGUGUGUGUCAGGGAUGGGGACUCUUUGUUGACCUUCAGUAGAUCUGUCAGUGUUACCAAGAGAGAACUUCUCCUUUUAGCCACAGGUGUAGUAUUAGAGACGGACAUUUCUUGACGUCUAUGUACCUUAGUUAUAGUAAGGGACGUCUCUGGCUCCUUGUCCUGCAUUUGUACUCCUGUUGUCAGGAACGGAAGCAAAUCACUGUUGCUGCUACUGAUUAAACUAAGACCCGGGUCUUAAUAUGGGGACAGUCGUCCUUGUCGGAUUUCGGGCCUAGUGUAUGAAGUCUAUCAGAACUGCAGGUGACGACAGGAAAAUUGUGAGCCUUGGCUGUCAGAGAAUACCUGUCCUUGUUGAUACAAAUUGUAUCUUAUUAACUUAAAUCAGAGUUGUUUAUGAAACAUAAUUUAUGAAAAGGUAUACACAUGUGUUAUGUACAGUUGGUAGUACAUGAGUAAUUUAUGAACUAUUUUUGGCAACAUUUUAUCACCAUUACCAGAAUGUGAAGGUUUUUUUUUUUUUAUGAACAAAUGCAUAAAAUGCAUCUGUUUAGAGCUAGGAGGUACAGGGAUUGUGGUUGUAGUUUAUUUAUUGUAUUGGAAACUAUACAUUCUUGAACCAUUUGACAUACACAAUAAUUUGUUAUGGCUCAAAAAAAAGAAAAAGAAAUUGCAAAAUUUUCCUACGUAGCAGAAACUAUUAAAUUGAACUAGACAGGUGAUUGGGUUACAUACCCAGUGACCCAUUACUCAGCCAAAAGGGUUGUGAAAAGCAGAGCAUCUGCUACAAGGAACCCUGUAUACGGAUAAAAUGUCAAGAUGAGGUAGGAGUCACUGGUCAACCUGAACCCCCCAACCAGGACAUCACCAGGCCUGGUGAUGCAAACUCUUUUAAUGAUUAUUAUGUCAAAGGAAGACUCCUUACCAUAUUCCAGAGUGUGAGGGAAAAGGGGAGAGAGAGAGAGAUGAAAGAGAAGAGGGUAAAAUGCUGCCUGAAAUAAGUAUUCCAUAAGAGCACCUUUGUUUUGAAAAGAGCCUUCCCUCUGGCCAGUCAGCACCAUGUGUUGAGUGGGGCGGAGGUUGGGCAUAGAGUAAAUGCCUCUGACUGGCAUUGUCCUUAAGACACAUCUGAUGAUCUGAACCAUGUUCAGCAAACAAGUUGUUUGGGUUUGUUGUUUGUCCGUUUUUCUUCCAUAUAUAAACAAUAUAUCCUCACCUCACGUGCUAUUUAUUGUGUGAAGUUGCCUGUGAGCUUAUUUAGCCUAAAUGGAGCUUUGGUGGACUCUUUGCUAUUUUUGUUUGACCACUGGCUCUUUCAAGUCUUGUUUUGAAAUAUGGUCCACUGCAAGUAGAUCUUUGUGUUAGUUCAGUAUUACACCAAGUGUUUCAGUGUGGUACUGCACCUGUAACGGUUUAGGCGCCUUUUCCUCUUCAACGGUACUUUACCAGCUCAAUUGUGUCUGCCGAACUUUCCAAUGUUGUGUUUUUUUUUUUUUAUAUACACUUGCUAUGGUGUUGUGUUCAUUCCAGUGCUGGUUCGAUUCCUGUUUAUGAUGACCAAAGUAACUGGUGUGAUUGCGUUGGCAUUUGGGUGGGCCAUGCUUUCUUAAGCAUUAGUCAGUCAUAGUUAGUCAUUCUGAGUAUUACAAAUUAAUUAUGUACACAAAAAAAAGAAAAAAAAAGCAAUGAUGGUGUUAAAUGAUGCUCUGUCUAAAGUUUCCAAAUGUGUAUUUUUAUUCAAAUAAAAUAUUUACCCCAAA